GCCCAGCCUCGGAGAAGUUUGCCACAUUUCACUCUAAGUCCGUAUAGCUCAUCCUCCGCCUUGAGCAGAAAUAUCACCAUGGCUACUGCAACAAAGAUCCAGCUUGACCAUCUUAAGGAUACGGGGAUCUAUAGCCGUGGUGUUCAGCAAGAUGCCGCCCGUACAGCAGGUCAGGUCUUGCAAGAGGAUAUGGAGAAGCAUCAUGUUUUUUUCAAUAAUGAUGGGUUCCAUAAUCACAUCGUCCAUGGCAUAUUGAGUAUCUAUGCACUCGGCGCUUCCUCCGAACAGAUAUUAGCCUACUACGACCGAAACAAGAACUAUCAGCGUCCUGUUCUUCCCACCAACCCGGACGUCAUCCGGAAUAUGCAGGAUAGCACAAAGUUCCAGCAAUACUUAGGGAAAGAGGAGAACUACCCUAAUUUUCUAGCCUAUUUCCAGCAUGCGAUAGAUACCAAGGGGCUCGGCGAUGUUCUCCAAGAGUAUGUAUUUGCUGGAGAUAGUCGUGCAGAGACUAUGCUUUGUCGGUUAUUUGGUGGCCUGCUUCAUCCAAUUAUCCAUCUUGGCUUCGGAUUGGAAUUCAAUCAACCCGCUAUCGUGGCCCAGGCAUUAGCUCAGGCAGCUAUCCACGAUGACUGGACGGGUCGUGACCUUUUUCUACCCGCUGAGAAGCUGGCUGGUGAGAUUGGCAAGCCAGGAACAAAGACAUCCCUCGAACUCUUGAAGGAGAUACAGGAUAAUUCAAUCUUGAAAAAUAGCGUCAGGUGGACGGAUACUAACAGAAUUCGAAAUGGGAUCUUGGUUCGUGCGCCGCAGGAGAUGCUCAAGUAUGCCGCUCAGUAUACUGUCUCAAAGGAACAGGUUCCAGAGAGACUAGCAGAUAUGGUCAAUACAGUUGUAUACUACACUGCUGCCGCCCAACGCCGCGAAAAGGAGAUAAAGAUCGACUUUUUCUUCAUUCAUUGUGUUAACUCCGCUAUCUUCUUUUCCAAAUUCAUGAAUCUUUCGUAUCUAGACCAGAAAUCCAAGCUCCGUUUACUGGAAUGGAAGGGUCGUAUGGACUUGGUGAUGUAUGUAUCUCGAAACUCACCAGCCCUCUUCCUCGAUGAGGUUACCGAGUAUCCAGCAAAAGAUGAUUGGAAUACUGUCAUCUCACGCGCUGUGGCACAUCAGACUGAUGACGGCCACCUGGCUAAACUGGUGCGUGUCCUGGCACAUGGACAGAAUGUUUGCCAGCCAUUCGAGAGUGGAUUGCCGAUAUCCGGGGAUAUGUGGUUACGUAUUGGCAAUAUGGCCGUUGACUCCACUGCUGGGUGUCGAGAUCGCGGGAUGUGGAUCCGUUCUACAGGGUUUGAUGAGGCAUGGGAAAAUUUCUCAGGGCGAGCUCGUCUUUGA